CAGGCGCGGGGAGGGGGAUGCGGACGGGGGAAGAUGGCGGCCUCGAACAACCCGCGGAAAUUCAGCGAGAAGAUCGCGCUGCACAACCAGAAGCAGGCGGAGGAGACGGCGGCCUUCGAGGAGGUCAUGAAGGACCUGAGCCUGACCCGCGCCCACCGGUUACAGCUGCAGAAAACCCAAUAUUUGCAACUGGGACAGAGUCGUGGCCAGUACUACGGUGGGUCACUGCCAAAUGUGAACCAGAUUGGAAACAGUGCCAUGGAUCUGCCCUUCCAGCACAACGGAGCUCUGGCUGAAGCCUUUGGAGCAGUUCCUGUCUCUUUGACUCCUUUUCAGUCAUCAGGAUUGGACACAAGCAGAACAACCCGGCACCAUGGGCUGGUGGACAGAGUGUAUCGUGACAGGAACCGCCUGGGCUCCCCGCACCGACGCCCUCUCUCUGUGGAUAAACAUGGAAGACAAGUGGACAGCUGUCCCUAUGGCACCGUGUACCUGUCACCACCCUCAGACACAAGCUGGAGAAGGACAAACUCUGAUUCUGCCUUGCACCAGAGUACUAUGACUCCAGCUCAACAAGAAUCCUUCUCAGGAGGGUCACAGGACAUGCAGCAGAAAAGAGUUUUAUUACUGACAGUCCCUGGAAUGGAGGAAACCACCUCUGAGGCAGAUAAAACCCUCUCUAAGCAAGGCUGGGACACUAAAAAGACUGGGUCAUCAAGACCUAAAUCAUGUGAAGUUCCAGGAAUCAACAUCUUUCCAUCAGCUGACCAGGAAAACACUACAACACUGAUUCCUGCUACACAUAACACAGGUGGCUCCCUGCCAGACCUGACCAACAUCCACUUCCCUUCCCCCCUCCCAACACCAUUAGAUCCUGAGGAAUCCACAUUCCCAGCCCUGAGCAGCUCCAACAGCACCGGGAAUCUUGCUGCCAAUCUGACUCACUUGGGCAUCAGCACUGCCAGUCAGGGAAUGACCACGACACCAGCCCCGUCCCAGCAGCACCGCCCCGCAGCCGUCAGCCCCCUCUCCCUGAGCGCAGACUCCAGGCGGCCACAGACACAGCAAAUGUCUCCCACCCUUUCCCCUUUGUCACCAAUCACUCAGGCUGUGGCUAUGGAUGCAUUGUCUCUGGAGCAGCAGCUUCCCCCAUAUCCAUUUUUUACCCAGACAACUUCCCAACAACAGCAGCAGACCCAGGUGGCAAGUACCCUGCCUCAGAACACUCCUUUAAUGCAGACCUCUGGUUUACAGCGAGGAACACAGCUCCCCCCUCUCUCCGUCACGGUACCUUCCACCAUCCCACAGUCACCUCCAGGCAGCCAGACCCAACCAUCCAUGGGAAUAGACAUCAACUCGGCUUCACUCCAGCAGUACCGCAGUAAUGCUGGAUCCCCAGCCAACCAGUCUCCCACCUCUCCUGUCUCCAAUCAAGGCUUCUCUCCUGGCAGCUCCCCUCAACAUUCUUCCAUUCUGGGGAGUGUAUUUGGUGACUCCUAUUAUGAUCAGCAGAUGACAGCUAGGCAGGCUAAUGCCCUAUCCCAUCAGCUUGAACAGUUUAAUAUGAUAGAAAACGCCAUUAGUUCCAACAGCCUCUACAGUCCCUGUUCCACACUUAACUACUCCCAAGCAGCCAUGAUGGGACUUACUGGCAGUCAUGGCAGCUUGCAGGACUCGCAGCAGCUGAAUUACUCCAGCCAUGGAAACAUCCCCAACAUCAUUCUUACAGUGACAGGAGAAUCUCCUCCCAGCUUAUCAAAAGAACUGACCAGCUCUUUGGCAGGAGUGGGAGAUGUCAGCUUUGAUACGGAUUCCCAGUUCCCUCUGGAUGAACUAAAAAUUGACCCUUUAACCUUGGAUGGACUGCACAUGCUGAACGACCCAGACAUGGUCCUCACCGACCCCGCCACAGAGGACACGUUCAGGAUGGACCGGCUGUGAAGCCCGGAGACCAGGAGCGUGGGAAUGACGCUUGUUCCUGGAGCCCAGCCCAACUGGAGAGUCCCAAGGGUCAGUCGUGUCAGAACAGGAGCUGCUGAGAGCAGGAGCUCUGUCCUGUACAACGUGUACCAUGAGUAAAGCUUGUCGUUCUGAGCUUGCCGCGCCGCAGCCCCCUGCUCCCUGUCGCGCCGUAUUUCACCCCUUAUCUGCUCAUUGCCACGAAUGAGUAAGGAAUUUCCAUCAGCCUUUUCCUCUCCGGAGCCCCCUCCCCCUUCUCCUUUUUCCUCCCCCUCCCCCCCAAAGCUCCAGCGUUAAGUUGUUGUCCUUUGCACUAGAAAGGGGGUGUUGUUGGGCAGGCGAGGAAGGUUCAGAGCCCAAGGGUCGAGAGAUUCUUCGCAUCGUACCAAAUUCUUGGCUGCUGUGAGAUGGGGAGGGGGAAGCACCGACUAAACCCCUCUCCCCCACCUCCUAUCCCCACUCCACUGAUUGGAAAGCAAAUCUGGGCAUUGCCACCCUUUGAGGGGGGGCUGGGGAGCCUGGGGGAGGGUUGACUCUGCUUUUGUGACAGCUGCUUCAUAGAGUAAACUGCUUCUUCCUUGAUGGAUCUGCUGGUGUCCCCAGGCAGGUUCCUGCCCCUGAGUGUCCCCCUGUACCCUCUGCCCUUCUCAUGCCCUGAGCAAACUCACCUGUUUGGCAACGUGGAACAGCAGCCUGGCAGCCCCAGGGCCUUUUGUAGCCAGCUAGUCCAAAAAGGCAACUGUAAACACUAUUUUCAAAGCUUUUUUUUUUUUUUUUAAUAUAUAUGUAAUAUAUAUAUAUUUAUAUAUAUGUAUACAUAUAUAUAGCAUUUCUGAGCACACAAAAAAGUACUAUAAUUCAUUACUUGAUUAGCAUGGAGGAAGGAUCAGAACAUUUUAAAGCAGCUAAAGGAGUAUUAGGAGACUAACUUGCAGAGCAUAUUUCUAAUUUCACUUUGUGAGAGAUUCCUGGGCAACAGGAAGGGCAUUUCUAUAGCAAUGCCUGGCUCAAAUCAUGAUUACUAUUUUUUAUUUUGUAUUCUUAUUCAUUACUUAUUCUGUUACCAUUAUUUAUGAUCUUUUAUGUUGGGGUUUUUUUUAUUUAAAUAUUUGGAUAUUAGGAAAGUAGCUAAACUACAUACAGCCAAUUGAAGCACUCUACAUAAUACUUGUACAGUACAUCUUUUUUUUGUUUUGUUCUGUUUUUUAUUAUUCCAGAAAUAUAUUAUAUAUAUUAUAUAUAUAGGUAUUUUUAACUAACUGGAAUUUUAAACAGAUGUUGAGCAGAAGGAGCCCAAAGGCAAGCCUAGAUGUUUUCCUUUUAUAAAGUCAAAACAGGGUGGCAGGAACUUUGAUAUUCCUUCUUUCACCCUGGGUUAAAAAACCAAUCACUUGCUCCACAGUGACUAGUACUGUAUCCUCAAACAGGUGGAGAUUCCGUUAAAUCUAAAAUAGGCAAUUUUGUGAGUCCUUGUUAAUACUCUGUGCUAGGGUAUAAUGGGCUGGUGAGUGACACUUUAGCAGAUUUUAAAAAAAACAACAACCCAAACCACAAACCACCCGUGAACUCUGAAUUGGUGGCUUUGCUUCAGUUGAUGAUGAUGAAUUGAUGAUGGUUCCCACAUCUCUGCACUUAUCAAAUUCAAAGAAGGCAUUUAGAGAUUUAUCAAGAGCCCAGCAGGCUUCCAGGCAUUGCCAGGGGCACUGCUAGAACAUUGUCUUUGUUACACUAUAAUUAGCAGGAUCUAGAAUUACCUGACCCUUCUCUUCAGUAGAAAAGACUUAACAUUAUUUUGAGUCUUCUUAACAAAACAAAGAUUUCAUUGCACCAACACCCUGAAUGUGAGAUGAACAAAUCCCUGCUGGAAGCAGCAUUCCGAGGCAGCAGGGGUUGAACAUCCACGUCUCUUUUUGUUCAGCACAGCCUCAAGAAAGGAGCUGUUGUAGUUUUCAUGUCAAGAUGGGUGGGUGGUGAUUCCCUCCCCUCUGGCGUGGUGGUUCCACCUCUGCUCCCUUCCCACUCGAGCUGCACCAGCUGAAUUUGCUUUCUGUCCAAAACCGUGUCCGUUCCUUCUCAGCUGUCAGGACCCUCAGCACUUCCACCCAUCCCAUUCCCCUCCAGAAAGGUGAUUUUUUUAGUUGUUUUCCCUUGCUGUUUUUGGCAGGUGAUAACACAGGUCUGCAGAGGAGCCCUCAAUGAGUUAUACUAGGUUUCUGUGUGCUUCCAGAAAUCCGUGGGAUGUCCUGAGAUUCGUGCAAACUCUGCUGAGCAGGAGUUGUUGGGAUCUCUCUAAUCUGGGUGUUUGUUUGCUCACGUUUGUGCCAUUAGUUUUGACCAUUUGUGCUAAAAAAAAAAGUUGUUUUUUCUUUAGAUCACCUCCCUUACCUGUGUCUUUUUUUUUUUUUUUAACUCUUGUCCCUUCCCACACAAUUGAAAGCUUUUCCUGCAUCUAUGUUAUAAAUGUGUUUUGGGUUUUUUGGUCAGGAUUGAAGCCCAGUAGUAGUACAUGUUAACUCCUGGUGUCUGCUUGUUUCAGAUUGCUCAUGCUUUUUCAGUUUAAGGAGGAAAAAAGAAAAUAAAGGUAGCUUCCAACAGGAGGAUACCCCAAAAGAACAGGAGGGAUUUGGGCACAGGUGACUUGGAACCCUUUGAUUUGAAGCAGCCCCAGGUACAGUGUGAGUUGUUGAAGCUUCUUGCAGUUCACGUAGUUCCUCGGUGGGUUCCUGUGUCACCCUCUGGUUUGAAUGACUCUUGUGUGUGUAAAUGCUCAUUUGUGAUCUAUUUUUUUAAAACCAGAGUCACUUCAGAAUGAAGCAUCCGAGUAGGAGAUGAGAAUUCCUCACUGGAGACUUUCACAGGGAGCUGUUGCUAAAUGCUACCUUCUCAUUUUUUUUAAACAACGUGUAUAUAAGAGAUCUUGUUUAUUAGACUUGUAAGUAGACAUUUAAAAUGGCCUUAAUUGCAAAACAACACGUCUGGAUGCAACUGUCACAAAUUAGGGACCAUCUAGUGGAGAGCAAUCCAGGUUUUGUUCCUCUCGCGGGGGGUGAAGGGAGAAGGAGCCUUUGGGAGUGGGAAGGAGAGAGAUGACAUCAUGGGAAGCAGGUGACAUCAUGGCAGGAAGCAGAUGAUGGCAGGGUGGGAAGCAGGUGGCCUGUAUGUGACAAGAUGUGCUUCAUCUCUGAGCCCAGUGGUGGGCAGGAAAAAGCUGCUUUUAGUACCGACCCUUUGAGAACCGGAGCAGUUGUCCCAACAGCUCCUGCACUUCCCUUCCCGGGAUGAGGCUGCUUCCUGGAGCUGCACUUGGAGAGGGAUUUUUCUCCCCCUCUCCCAUUAAACUUAAUUUUUUUUCUCCAUAGAAUCAUGGAAUGGUUUGGGUUGGAAGGCACCUUUAGAGAUCAUCUAAGUCCAACCCCACUGCAUGGGCAGGGACACUUCCCACCAGACCAGGUUGCUCCAAGCCCCAUCCAACUUUUUUUUUAGGAUAGGGCUGAUUUAAAAGCAAACCCCAUUUAUUAAGUUGUCAAAUGUGAACAUGAAGUGGACCCCCAGUGUUUUCUAAACAAAUAAUCUGAUUUUUAUUUGCAGAUUUAAUAGAACUGGUUUGAUUUUCAGUCGUGUGUGAGGGUGAGAGCUGCUGGGAGUGGCUGAGCCUUCCUGCCCAGGGACAGAGAAAAGAUCAUUUAGCAAAAGCAACAAAACCAAACCAACAAAAAGGUAUUAUUUAUAACAACAAAAAGGUAUUAUUUAUAACUUUAUCAGUUAAAUGAUGUUGAAACUGUCUGGUGUCUCAAAGGGUCACUGUCCAAACAUACCUGCUGAGUGAACCCUCCCCCCUCCCCACAACAUGUUUUUAUAUAGAUAUAUAUAUAUAUAUAUUAACAAGUUCCCAAGCUAGACUGUUGCAUUUGCCAAUACAAUGGGGAAAUAGUAGGAAUAAACCUUCAGUGUAUAAAAUACUGUGAUUCUCAGAAGCAAACCAGCCCAUCUGCUGCCAGUGGCAGCACGGGGGGGUGGGAGAGGGGAGGCCCUUGCACUGUACAUAGUUUUUCUGCAUCCUCUUUGGAAUGAAUCUGCACAGGCUGAGCUGGUCCCUCCCUGCUGCAUGCGGGAGGGGCUGGGGGCAGCCCCCACCCUGCCAGCUCCCUACAGCUUCUGCAUGUCAGGGAACACUUCCCAGCCACCCCCCACUCUGCAAAACCUCCCCUGUACAGACAACCUGCCCUUGAGGCUUAUAUAUAUUUUUUUUAGGUUUUAUUCCUUAAAGAGGGGAAAAGGUUUCCAGAAAGUGGCUGCAAAUUAAUUGAAUAAAUGGUUAAUGAUCUGUAUGGUUUAUUACCUUCUUUUCAAUUGAAUUGAUUUUUGUUGGUUUUAUUUAAAAAUUUGUGCCUGAGAAAAUAAGCCCCAGUGUGAACCUGGAAGGCUGAUGGACAAACCUUCAGCUAAAAGAACCAGCUGCCCUCUGAGUUUGCAUAAAAGCAGCAUCUGGUAACUUACAGAAUCCUUUAAUCUUCCCUCAAAAAUAAGAUCUUGACUGUGCUUGUUUGUAAAAGCUUGGAUUUCUGGAGAAACAAUCAUUAAGGCUUUGAGAUCCAUCCCUUUAAGGAGCAUGGUGCUCACCCUGGAAACCCCCUCUGUAGGAGCAGGAAGAGAAAAGCCCCUCAUCACCCUGUAGGUCACAAUGUCCUGCUGUGCUUUCAGGAGCAAAAAAACCCCACAAAAACCAACAAAAAAAAGGUGUUUAUUCCUCUGACAAACAGACCCCCUGUCACUGUGAUGGCAAUGUGAAAGCGCAGGUAGCGUUUGUUACGUGUGUCUGUUCUUUUUACAAAACAAAAAAAGGCAAAAAAAAAAAAAGAAGAAGAAGAAAAAAAAAGAAGAUAAUAAUAAUAAUAACCUAAUAUAAAUUUGUAGUGUUCCUGUUCUUUGUAUUUUUAGUUGCAUCUUAUUUAUACUGCGCAGUGUAGGCAUGGGUUGCAUGUCAGUUUUCUAUGCGGGCACCAUGACGACAUUAUAACUGUGUAUUAUAAAUCAUUUUUACCUUUUUAAACAGAAUCAUUGUGUGGAAUUUCUAUACUGCAAAACAAAAAACACUACAUGACGUACUCUA